AUGUGGGAAUAUCCCCAAAAGAGAAUCAGAAAUGUUGAUAAAAGAAAAAUAAACCGAGUUCCUCUUCAAGAUCUUCGUACCAUUGACAAAAAGCCUACUUUGCAAACUCAUGGAUUUACAUAUUUGUCAGGAGGACACAUUCCAGGAAUUCAAGAUGUGGUAGAAUUUUCAGAUGCACACAAAGCCAUCUUGGAUUCAGAUUCUGUUGCACUUGUGAAAGAUUUAACAGGAGCUGAAUUGGCAAUCUCAUAUGGCUCUUUUUUCAGAAGUUCCCAAGGACUAAGACCAUUGCCAAUUAUUCACUCUGAUCUUUCACCACAAGGGGCAAAGUUUAGUAGAGGAGAACUUCAAGAAGAUUUUUUAAAGUCAGAGGAUCCAAGCAGAGUCAAAUUUGGAAAGUACUUGAAACAAGGUAAAAAGAUUGUCAUCCUCAAUGUCUGGAGACCCAUAUGUGUGGUUCAAGACAACCCUCUUGGCAUUUGUGGAUGGGAUUCACUUUUACCAGAAGAUGCUCUGGACUUCAACAUCACUCCAACACAUGCUGGGAAUGUGAUUCAAGCAUGGAGGUACAGAGAAGGUCAAAAGUGGUUUUACCUCAGCAAACAGAGAUCUGAUGAAGUAUAUGUCUUCAUGCAACAUGAUGGCACAGCACGCAACAGGCAUGGAAUCAAUGUUCCACAUGCUUCAUUUACUUUACAGGAAGAUGUGGGCAAAGUUCCUCAAAGAACUAGCUUCGAGUGCAGAGUUAUUGUUAUUGUGGAAUCUGAAGGAAUGUGGAAUAAAAUCCACAAUAGAAUCAAAUCAUUCUUCAACUAA